AUGGCAGCAACCGCACUGGUCAGCCCCAAAUCAACUGGAGAUUGUUGGUCCGUGUAUCCAUCGCCUAGUGAGCGGUCAGCAGCUGACGGUGCUCAAAAGCAAAAGCUGGAUGAUGCCGACAAAAAAAUUGAUGUUUUCUUCUUCCAUAAUUCUAUUCCUUUUAGUGCUGCUAAAUCCAUGUAUUUGCAUGUUGAAUUUUAUAUAAGCAAAUUAAGUGAUCAAUUUACUAAUGCAGGGAAGAAGCAGAUGAGUUGUGCCGAACGCGGGAGGAGAAAGAGGACAGUUCAUGCUGUCAGAAAAGAUAAUAAACAACGGUUUAGCCUUCUUGAGGAAAAUGGAGAGCUUCUGAUACGUGCAAACCAAGGCCAUACCGUCAUGACAGUUGAGUCUGAAAGAUUAUUAAAACAAAUACUUUCAGCUGAUGAAGUGCAAUUUUGCGUACAUGGAACCUAUAAGAGGAAUUUGGAAUCAAUUUUGGAGUCGCGUUUGAAGCGCAUGAAAAGAUUGCAUGUUCACUUCUCAAGUGGCUUGCCGACUGACGGUGAAGUGAUAAGUGGUAUGAGACGAGAUGUUAACGUUUUGAUCUAUCUUGAUGUUAGAAAAGCUUUGGAAGAAGGCAUGAAGCUUUACAUUUCAGACAACAAAGUGAUAUUGACUUAAGGUUUUGAUGGAGUGGUACCUGUCAAGUGCUUUGAGAAAAUAGAAUCAUGGCCAGACAGAAAACCCAUACCUUUCUUAAAUGUUUAAAAUUGAAUGAUGAAAUGAUCAGGUUUUUUUUUUUUUUUAACUUUCUUUUAAACCUGUGUGAUGAUAAAUUUGUAUUUAUAAAAGAUGACCACCAUUCAUAUUUGUCCAAGUCGAUUACAAUAAGAGUACAUUUUAUCUAUAUAAA